AUGUCAAGAUGUGUGAAGAGAUUGGGAAAAUGUAUUUCUCUGGUUUCAAAAAGGGGUUUUUCUACUACAUCAAGCAUUCAGAAAGAUGCUGUUGAGAAUGGUGGCAAAUCAUUGAACCUUUAUACUGCCAUUAAUCAAGCUCUUCAUAUUGCACUGGAUACUGAUCCUCGUGCUUAUGUUUUCGGGGAAGAUGUAGGCUUUGGCGGGGUGUUUCGUUGCACCACUGGAUUAGCAGAUCAAUUCGGUAAAAAUAGGGUUUUCAAUACUCCUCUAUGUGAGCAGGGCAUUGUUGGCUUUGGCAUUGGUCUAGCAGCUAUGGGAAAUCGAGCCAUAGCAGAAAUCCAGUUUGCAGAUUAUAUAUUUCCUGCUUUUGAUCAGAUUGUCAAUGAAGCUGCUAAAUUCAGAUAUCAGAGUGGAAACCAAUUUAAUUGUGGCGGUUUAACAAUUAGAACCCCCUAUGGAGUUGUUGGCCAUGGUGGACAUUACCACUCUCAAUCUCCAGAGGCUUUCUUCUGUCACGUGCCUGGUAUCAAAGUGGUCAUCCCUCGUAGUCCAAAGGAAGCGAAAGGGUUAUUGUUAUCUUGCAUACGUGAUCCGAAUCCUGUUGUAUUUUUUGAACCAAAGUGGCUUUAUCGUUUGGCUGUUGAAGAAGUACCGGAAGAUGAUUAUAUGUUGCCAUUGUCUGAAGCUGAGGUGAUUCGACAAGGAAGCGAUAUUACACUUGUUGGAUGGGGAGCUCAAUUAUCUAUAAUGGAACAAGCUUGUAUUGAUGCAGAAAAGGUAAGUACUGCUGCUUUGAAAGAAAAAGUGUUAGGACAUGUAAUCUGGGGUGCAACCGUCUACGAAGUAGACAACACUGUGCAACAGCUGUGGGAGUUCGACAGUUCGCCGACUUCUAAUUUUAUUAUCCAGGGUCGUGGGGUGCGCUACGGAACUUCCGCUACGGGGCUUUCAAUAGGUUACACAGAGGUGAUACUUUUUUCUAUAUAUAUUCUCUUUGGAAGGUCAAAUCUUCUCGGAUGUAAUUUUUUGGUGUUGUAA